AUGGAAUCGUUAGUUGCAGAUGAAAUUACACGAUAUUUUGAGAGUCUGAAGCUAAUUUCUCACCUCCAACACGGCUUUAGGCGCAAACGAUCUUGCCUCACAAAUCUGCUUCUUGCUCGGGAUUCAUGGACCAAAGCGCUUGAUGAAGGAUCCCCCCUUGAUGUGAUUUACCUAGACUAUUCGAAGGCAUUCGACAGAGUCAAUCACUUAGCUCUGCUUCAUAAGCUUCGUGCCUACGGCCACCUUGAGCUGGGGGCGAGUCGCCGUGUGUCCCAAUUCAGUCAUGCGGAUGUGAGCAAAGGUCGAUUAGUCUACCGGCACGGACCGGCCGAGAUCGGACUGAAGCCUGCGUUCGACUUCGCUCGCAUUUGGGAUUUUAGCGCGGGGACCACUUUCAGUUUAAAUUUUACCUUGAUACCAGUCAAUAGCCAAUCUCCAGUGGUGCGCGCCGAGGCGCCAAUACGAGUCAAAGAAGGUGAUCGAUCGCUGAUUGAUCAGUACACACUCUAUGCUUCGGAUGCUGACACUGCCGAAAAGGAUAUUCAAUUGCAACUCAUUCACCCAUCUCGAUGGGGACACAUUGGAAUCAUGGAUGUGAAUACUACUGAGAAGAACAUAUCCCACACUGAGGCGGAACUCAGUCAAACACUCACUUUCAGCAUGCAGGCACUCAAAGACGGCCGUGUGUUCUACGUUAAUUCUCUUCACGGAGGAGGUCAGGAAUCAGUGGAAGAUGUGUUCACCGUUCGUGCAUUCGACGGUAAAUUUUACAGCCCACACACCGUGGAGGUAAAAAUUGCUAUCCAACCAACCAACGAUGAGAAUCCUGAUGUCCGUUUGUUACGACACUUUUCAGUGACAGCAGGUUCCCGUCGUAUCCUCACUCCGUACCUGUUCAGCGUUAGUGACAAGGAUGUACCUCGUGAUAUGUUGCAAAUCCAGUUCACACAGUUGCCUGCGUACGGCAGGCUGACUGUGUUCUGGCAACACGGUGAGCGUUAUGUUCUGAGCAAAGACAGUCCUCCCAUUACCGAGUCAUACCUGGGUAUGAUGAAUCUAUUAUACCUACAAAAUGCCUCCACAAUAUCGACUCACAUGGUGGCCACUAAUGGGAGUGGGCCAUUGGCUGUGGACUGUUUUAUGGUGUCCGUUUCCGAUGGUUUACAUGUGGUGGAGAAACAAGCGAACAUUUUGAUCCGGCCGACAAAUCGUUAUCCUCCCGAAAUGACUGUGGACGCUUCCAUUCCCAAUGGACUGACGUUGGAGGGUGUUGCUUGGAUCACCUUGGACAAAAAACCAGGUGGACUGAUUAUUGCGGAUCGCGAUACCUCUGCUGAUGAUCUAAUUGUGACCCUUGUUGAAGCGCCAAAAUACGGUGUCAUACAACGUUUACCUCGGUUGGAUGGACCCGAUGGUGUGGAUGUUCUGGAUCUUAUUGAAGCCGCCUGGGAUAUUGAAGAGCUGGCUGUGGGUGGUGAUGCACAGGAAUUAGCUCGCCUUUCUGCUGCGGGGAGUGUGGGUGGCCCCAAGGCGGUGAAGACAUUGCACCAAGGAGAUCGCUUCACAAAGAGACAGAUUGACACGGAACGAAUUCACUACGUGUACACAGGAACCUACAGUGAACAAACCGUUUACGACUCUUGUGUGGUUCGCCUUUCGGAUGGCGAAUACGAUACGGCCGCCGUCACUUUGAGGUUUCAAAUUCGACGAACAGCCGACAGAGCUGGUUUGCAGUCGCUUCGCUACUCCCCUUCGGAUCCACUGCGAUCAUAUCAACUCCCGCCACACGACUCGAAUUACUUACGCACUAUGAUCCCAAAGAUGGGUGAACUCAAUCUGGCAAUCGCCCCUUACCCAGAUGAUAAACACCCUCAGCAUCAAAUGGACCAGAGUGAACUCGUGGACCCAAUUCAGACGGCGGUCCCAUUGCCCACCUGGGAUGCCUGCGUUGAACAGCACUCAUUUCUGACCUACCAAAUGUUUCUGUCCAGUCUGCCAACUUGGAAUGGCACAUAUGCAACGGAUGAGGUGCGUGUCAACGCCAAUAUUUCGCUCUUCACCUCAUCAGGUUACAACUUUACUGUCGAUGGCCGAACUCAACCGAUGUCAUGCGGACACUUUGUGAAUGCGAGACGUCCCCAGCAAGCCAUCAACCAAUUCUCCACGGACGAGCUAGCUAAUCGACUAAUCGCCUUUGCAGCAAACGGGUGUAAGGAUUAUAUAGACCAAGUGUUGAACGCUGUGCUGAAGAUUGUGUUUGAUUUCUCACAGCACCCGAUCCAUGCCACGUUACCGAUUCGAAUCACUAAGAAGUGUCGUCAGUUGCCUCGGUUAAAACAAGUGCGGCACAGACUGGAAGUUCUUCCUGGAACAGAUGUCGUUGUGAGCCGGAAGCAUUUGGAAUUCAUCGAUCCGGAUUCCGACCCGACUCGCUUGAUCUAUGCGAUAGCGGAUCCGUUUUCCACCGGUUCCACUCACACGUUUGGUGGUCUCCAAGUCAUCGGAUCUGGUGCGACACACUUUUUCACGCAGUACCAAGUGAACACUGGCCAAGUGUACUUUCGGACUAACAAACAGCUAAACACUCAGGGCACUGCAGAGCUACAAGUCAUCGAAAUACACUUAUUCGAUGCUGGAGAUCUUGGUGACAUUACAAACGAUAACGACAUGUUCCAAGUGGCCAAAGAUGCUCUGAGUGUCCUUCAGCAUUUGGGAACUGCCGAAACUAACCCGUACAGUGAGAGAAUGCAGUACGUGGCAGAUGCAGGCUCCAAAGUCAUCUCAAUCAGACCAAUUAUGUUGAGCAUCAGUCCGAGUCCACUGAUUCAAAUGUUGAACUCCAUGAACCAGUUUGUUAUGUUGACUACUACGCCCCCGGCCCCUAACGCUUUAGAGACGAUUAUGCCGGGUAAAGUGGGAUUUAGACUGACGGCUGAACACCUGUACUCAUCCAAGUCAGACGCCAUGUACCGAUUGGUCGGUGUUAGUAACGGCAAAGGAGAGCUGUUUCACAUCAAGCUGAACCGUUCAGUCACUUCGUUUGUGCAAGAAGAUAUCGGUAGGAGGCGUAUGGCCUUCUUACUUGUUAGUCGAGCCGGAUGGCAGGACCUUAAUACAUCUCAGAAGCAAAAAAGGACUAAAACUGCACUGACUGAAGAAGGGCUGCAAUUCGAGGUUUACGACCCAAAUGAACCUCAAGAAAAACUACGCGUCAGCAUGCUACUACAAUGGAUGGAAAUCGGAAUUAGUCGCCGCGUAUAUCGUGUGUGUGGAACUCGUGGCCUCCUCCGUGUUGGGGUGGAACGGUUUGGAUACACCGAAGUGGUGAAGAACUUUUCUGCUGACGUACAUGUGGGCCUUACUUCCUCAACGGCUGUUGAUAGAUUGGAUUUCCGUCUACAUUCCCCAAAGACAGUCAUUUUUCAGAAAGGCGAGACAAGAAAAGCGAUUCUCAUUCGAGUGCACUUGCGGAACGAUUCACUCGGAACAACACAUGAAAUUAUCGUCAAUCUGAAAUCCCCGACGGGCGCGAUUCUCUCAUCCAAACGGCAGGCAAGAGUGAUCAUAAGCAGUGAGUUGAGAUGA